AGGAGAAGGGCGGGGCGCGGGCCGCGCCUGCGCAGUGCCGCCGCCGGGGCGCUGCGGCAGUCGUGCGGGGCACUUCUUCCGAGCGCGGCAAGGAGGGAGAAAUAAAUAAGUGUUUCAAGAUGACAACUUCAUGGAGUGACCGACUCCAGAAUGCAGCAGAUCUCCCUGCAAACAUGGAUGGGCAUGCCCUGAAAAAGUACCGCCGGGAAGCCUAUCACCGGGUCUUUGUAAACAGAAGUUUAGCCAUGGAAAAGAUAAAGUGCUUUGGGUUUGAUAUGGAUUAUACGCUUGCCGUGUAUAAAUCCCCUGAAUACGAAUCUCUUGGAUUUGACCUGACCGUAGAAAGAUUAGUUUCCAUUGGAUACCCUCAUGAGCUGCUCAAUUUUGUGUAUGAUCCUGCAUUCCCUACCAGAGGCCUGGUGUUUGAUACCCACUAUGGAAACCUGCUGAAAGUUGAUGCCUAUGGAAACCUCCUGGUGUGUGCACAUGGCUUUAAUUUCCUCAGAGGGCCUGAAACACGGGAACAAUACCCAAACAAAUUUAUCCAGAGGGAUGACACAGACAGGUUUUACAUUCUGAACACGUUGUUCAAUCUACCAGAGACCUACCUUUUGGCUUGCCUAGUGGAUUUCUUUACUAACUGUGACCGGUACACUAGCUGUGAAACAGGGUUUAAAGAUGGAGACCUCUUCAUGUCCUUCAGGAGUAUGUUCCAAGAUGUCAGAGAUGCUGUUGACUGGGUUCAUUACAAGGGAUCACUCAAGGAAAAGACCCUCGAGAAUCUGGAGAAGUACGUGGUGAAAGAUGGGAAGCUGCCACUGCUGCUCAGCCGCAUGAAUGAAGUCGGAAAGGUGUUCCUGGUCACAAACAGUGACUACAAAUACACAGAUAAAAUUAUGACUUACUUGUUUGACUUUCCACAUGGACCAAAGCCUGGGAGUGCCCAUCGGCCGUGGCAGUCCUACUUCGACCUGAUCCUGGUGGAUGCCCGAAAACCCCUCUUCUUUGGGGAGGGCACCGUGUUGCGGCAGGUGGACACGGUGACCGGGAAGCUGAAGAUUGGUACCUACACUGGCCCACUGCAGCAUGGCAUUGUGUACUCUGGAGGCUCCUCAGACACUGUCUGUGACCUGCUGGGAGCCAAAGGGAAGGAUAUUUUGUACAUCGGAGACCACAUCUUUGGGGACAUCCUCAAAUCCAAGAAGCGCCAGGGCUGGAGGACGUUCCUGGUGAUCCCCGAGCUGGCACAGGAGCUGCACGUCUGGACUGACAAAAGCGCCCUUUUUGAAGAGCUGCAGAGCCUGGACAUUUUCUUGGCCGAGCUAUACAAGCAUCUGGACAGUAGCAGCAAUGAACGCCCUGACAUCAGCUCCAUCCAGAGACGCAUUAAGAAAGUGACCCACGACAUGGACAUGUGCUACGGGAUGAUGGGCAGCCUCUUCCGCAGCGGCUCGCGGCAGACGUUGUUUGCCAGCCAGGUGAUGCGCUACGCCGACCUCUACGCAGCCUCCUUCAUCAACCUCCUCUACUACCCCUUCAGCUACCUCUUCAGAGCCGCGCACGUCCUGAUGCCACACGAGUCCACGGUGGAGCACACACACGUUGACAUCAACGAGAAGGAGUCGCCGAUGGCCACGCGCAAUCGCACCUCAGUGGAUUUUAAAGAUUCCGACUACAAGCGGCAUCAACUGACCCGCUCCAUCAGCGAGAUCAAACCGCCCAACCUCUUCCCCCAGGCACCUCAGGAAAUCACACACUGCCACGAUGAAGAUGACGACGAGGAAGAGGAGGAGGAGGAAGAAGAGGAGGAAGAGGAAUAAGAAGGAAAAAGCAAAGCAUCUCUGAAGACAAACCAUGACUCUAGCAGUGAUCAGGAGCAGAUUCCUAUGUGGGGGCCCUUGGGGUGAUGGGUUUGGGGGGGUGUGAUUCUUGCAAAAGGCACAUUUUGAAAGUGUCCGGAAACUUAACAAAUUAACACUAAUCAGGAGGAGACCCUUGUUUUCAGUUUUGCAGACGGUUCAAAAAGCCGAAGGAUUCUGCCUGGGUGGUGCAUUCAGAUCGGACUGCCUGCCUGUGCUGUAGUGCUGCUCCCAUUACCUUUGGGGAUGCUGCAUGUUUUUCCCUCUCCCAUGAUGUGUUCCAUUUGAUUUUCAUUUGAACGGUGUCCUGUAAACGGUUUUUGCCAUUUGUUACAUUCACUGUGAAGGAGGAGGGGAUGUGCUGGGCCCUGCAGGAGACAAAACGAUCCAGAUCCUCCUGCCCGUGGGGCUGCUGCCCUUACCUCUCUUCUGUGUUACAACCACCACCCUCUUGGCCACGGCGCUGCUGUGGCUUCCAGCUCUGAGUUCACCCUCUGCUUGGUGUGAGUUUCUCCGUGUAAGUGGUUCGAUUCCUCCGUCCGUCACAGCGGUGGGAUUCCGGCUCUUACUUGCACAGUUGCAGCUGUACACGUUUCGGCUUGUAGGCGCUUGUUAUCCCCUCCCCGUGUUUCAGAGCUUUUUUUCAUCAUUGGCAUGUGAUGCAUGACUUCCAGCGCGUUUCUCCAGCAGCUGAGCCGCACACUGUUCUCAACUCGUUCUGUAGUUUCACCAGUAAAUACUAACCCAGCAGCUCGAAGCUCCCGCUUUAGCGUUACGUUAGCUCUUUUCCUCACUGCCUGUUACUGACCUUCCUGUCUGCUCAGCUUUAAGAAAGUGAAGCAUCCCAAAGACAAAACCAGCCACCAUCUGGAGCAAAAGGGCCCGGUUUCCAGGGUGCCGUGGGCCACGCGUGUCUGCCCUAAACCAGGAGCGAGCACGCCGCAGGGCCAGCCCCAUGGCACGAGCCGGAAUGCUCCCAUCCCGCAGGCAGCUGCCUUUGCCUUUGACCUGGCACGGAGCUCGCAGCUCACCGCAGGGAGCCGUGAGCCAGCCCGGGGACGGUGCGGGGACAGGGCACGGCCGGGCAGCAGCGCCCGGUGGCUUUCCUCCGUGUCGUGGGUGCAGCUUCCCUUGCUCCAGCCUGCGCCGUUCGCGUCUGAAGGGAUUACAGCGGGGGCCCUCUUGUAAUGGAUUCGACUGUUGUUUCAGUACCAUAAAUGCAUUUAAUCUUUUUCUUUUUUUUUUUUUCUCCAUUUUGAAGUACCUUAGGAGAAAAUAAACAAAAUACCACAUCUGAGCAGGAAAUGCUGCUGCUGAAGUGGCAGUUUUCAAGUCAAUAAAUCUUGAUGUUUCUAAGAAA